ACUAAUCUCCCCUAUUCUUUCCUUCCUUCCUUUCUUUUCUUUCUUCUGUCUCUCCACGCCUCCUCUGUCAGGUACAUCCGUACCAUGUACCUGGGCAUCCAGAGUCGUCGUCAGAAGGAGAACCAGAGGCGGUUCUACUGGGCCAUGAUGUAUGAGUACGCUGACGUCAACAUGCUGCGUCUGCUGGAGACCUUCCUGGAGUCAGCGCCUCAGCUGGUCCUGCAGCUCUGUAUCAUGAUCCAGAGGAACCGGGCCGAGACCCUGCAAUGUAUGUCUGUGCUUGCCUCUCUGCUGUCUCUGUCCUGGGUGCUGGCCUCCUAUCACAAGCUCCUGCGUGACUCACGUGACGACAAGAAGAGUAUGAGCUACCGUGGGGCCCUGGUACACCUGUUCUGGCGCCUCUUCACCAUCUCUUCCCGGGUCCUCUCCUUCGCCCUGUUCGCCUCCGUGUUCCAUCUCUACUUCGGCAUCUUCGUGGUGCUGCACUGGUGCGCCAUGGCCUUCUGGGUAAUCCACGGUGGGACUGAUUUCUGCAUGUCCAAGUGGGAGGAAGUCCUGUUUAACAUGGUUGUGGGCGUGGUCUACGUGUUCUGCUGGUUCAACGUGCGGGAGGGUCGGACGCGCUACCGUAUGGUCACCUACUACACCGUGGUGCUACUGGAGAACGCCGUGCUCACCGCUCUCUGGUACGCUUACCGCGACCCCGCCACCACCGACGCCUACGCCGGCUCCGCCCUCUGCAGCGUCUUCUUGUGCUUCGCCUCGGGCGUGGCCUGCAUGGUGCUGUAUUACGGGGUGCUGCACCCCAUGGGCCCAGGGCUCCAGGUCCUGGCCUCCUCCUGCUGCGCUGAACUGCUGUGGGGGCUCCCCCUGCCGCCUGAGGCCGAACCCAUGGCCCCCACCCCGGGUCCCAGAGGCUCCCAGGCCACCCCGACACGGGCCCUGGCAGGGGACUAUGAAGGAGAGUAUGAAGCGGCUACGGACACCUGUCUGCCUGUGUUCCAGGUGAGGUCCACAGAGCCGGUGGACGCGGCCGGGAGACCCAUCCGGCCAGAGGGGCCCCUCAUCAAGAUAGACAUGCCCAGAAAGCGCUACCCGGCCUGGGACGCACACUUUGUGGACCGGCGACUGCGCAGGACCAUAAACGUACUGCAGUACAUCAGCCCCAACGCGGUGGGCAUCAGGUAUAGGGAUGGGCCGCUCCUCUAUGAGUUACUGCAGUACGAGUCCUCCCUCUGA